AUGUUCAUUUCGAGGUUUUAUCGACUAGGAGCACACGCAACCAAGAAUCUGGUAAAAGGUACAAGUCCUACGCAAAGGAGUUCAUACUUACCUGUGGGACAUAAUUGGUGUCUUGGGCUCCUGAGACAUGAAUUAUAUAGCAGUGAAGCAGCUAAAGUGGACUCAGGUGGCGAAAAUGGAAAAACUGAAAAAAUAAACGUGACAUUUGUUGACAAAGACGGGGAAGAGACACAUAUUAAAGUCCCAAUUGGAAUGUCAAUGCUAGAAGCUGCACACGAGAAUGACAUAGAACUUGAAGGGGCAUGUGAAGGGUCUCUUGCUUGUUCCACUUGCCAUGUUAUUGUGAUGGACGUGGAUCAAUACAACAAAUUACCUGAUCCAACCGAUGAGGAAAAUGACAUGCUAGACCUUGCAUUUGGCCUCACCGAAACGUCACGACUGGGUUGUCAGGUAAUUGCGAAACCCGAACUUGAGGGACUUCGUUUAGCACUUCCUUCAGCCACACGAAAUUUUGCAGUCGACGGAUAUAAACCAAAGCCUCAUUAA